AUGGGCCGGGUGGUCACUCGGCAUGUCCCUCCGCGGCCUGAAACAGGGAACGCCCCGUGGGCCGAGGUCCCAACUGGGAACCCGGAAGGGCGCAAGGGGAGCGGAGGCGAGGGGAGAGGGUCGGGGGUGGGCGCUGCCCACGGGGAUCACUUAGGAGGUAGUGCUUGUUGCAGGGCCUGGGAGACCGUGUCCAACGCUGCCUCAAGGCCCCCUUUCUACUCUGCUUUCCUUCUGCUUUGCUUUGCUUUGCUUAAGGGGGGGGGGGGUCGAUGGCUUAAGAUGCAGGAUGUGAGCAAAUAA